AUGGCAGUAGGUGCUGUUCUUAUUUGUACGGGAUUCGGAGCUACUGUAGGCAUGGGUCUAGUUACUGAAGGAGCUGCAGAUUUGUUUACUGCUUAUCGAGCUUACAGUACGAGACAAUUUAGUUGGUCUGAUUAUGGUAAACAAAAAGCACAUUUGACAAGUGCUCAAGCACAAGGACUAAUAGAAAUAGCUCCCAUCGAUCAAGAAGAUAUAGAAAUUAAUAAAGUGAAACCUUUAACUGAAUUAUUCAUGAACGAUUCAAAGCCAGAUUUAGAAUUGUCAGAAUUUUCAGGUAGAGGAAUCGAAUAUCUUCUUGAAAUCAGCGAGAAGAGAUUUAUACCGUGGCUAAGCAUUGCAAGUGUUGCUAUCCUAGGCGUUGUUCAAAUGGCAGUAGGUGCUGUUCUUAUUUGUACGGGAUUCGGAGCUACUGUAGGCAUGAGUCUAGUUACUGAAGGAGCUGCAGAUUUGUUUACUGCUUAUCGAGCUUACAGUACGAGACAAUUUAGUUGGUCUGAUUAUGGUAAACAAAAAGCAGUUAGUCUAGUUAUUUCGGCUGCUUCGAUGGGAUUCUCAUCGAUCAAAGAUGCAGGGAAAGGAGUUCAGACUAUUGUGUCAGGAGCAAGACAAGAAAUACUUGAGCAAGCUGGUACGAAAUGA